UUAGUUACUUUGUGUGUGCUUAUUUCUUUAAAGUUGUGGUCGCCAUUUGAGGAACUUUCCUUUGCUGCUUUUCAUCAGCUUCGUAGAUCCAUGUGCUCCUCGUUAUGUAAAUCAAUCAAAUAAUUCAAAUUUCUACCAUCGACCAACUCUUUUUAAAGCUUAAUCAAUAAGAAAAAAACAAUCAUAAAAAAGGGUCAUUCAAUACCUCAUCAACUCAAAGAAACAAAAGGAGAGAAAGAGAGAGUCGUGAUGUAUGUGACAAGGCCUCUUUCUUUGUACAGGAAAUCUCCAAUUGCUCUUGAAGACGAGCCACCCGCUGAAGGUCCUUAUUCGGGUUAUUUAGUGAUUACAGAUGAAGAAGCUGAUGAACAAGACACCCUGUGUUGCGGGGCUUACAAGAAAAAGGGUGUUGAAAGGCUGCCUUUCCCACAAGACAAGAUGUUGAACGUUGUUCAUUCAUCUGAGGUUGAAGAAACUAUGGUCAAGAAGGUCUGGUUUAUCCCUGUCCUCGACCAGCCUCUUUCUUCUAAUCAGUACUACGUAAUUCGAGCCAAGGGAAGAUACAAAGGGCUGGCAUGUAAAAGUUCAAGGGAGAUAGACAGCAAGCUAUGUUGCUUCUUCAAUGAUGGUAUCAGUGAUGUAAAACCAAAACCAUUCGAUCACAGAAACGUUUAUCAACAGUUCAAGAUCCUUCGUCACCAUAAGCACAGUUUCUUCGCCAAAUCCAUCGCAACAGAUUCAACCCCACCGAAAUUCUUGAGGAGAAAUGGGUGGAAACUCCGAAUCUCACGCUCAUACAGAUUACAACUAAACCAAGUUCUAGGCCUCGACUCGUCGCUCCGUAAACGCCUCCCGGACUUCAAAUUCCCGAUGUUCAACAAGAAGUCACCUUCGGUCGUCGUCGGACAAUGGUACUGUCCCUUCAUAUUCGUCAGGGAAGAAACAAGACUACGCCGACAAAUGAAGAGAUCGCUGUUCUACUUGAUGACACUCGAGCAAUGGUGGCAACAGAUUCACACAUGCGACAGAGAUCAGAACGAUGAACAAACCGUAGUGAACAUCAACAAAAUCGUGCAAAGGGAAUUCAUAUCUGUCAACGGUAUGCUUGCCGCGAGAGAUCAUAAGGUUAGCCAUGGAGGGUUCUGGUGGUUCAGAACUUUGGCGAGAAACGAUGGCAGAAAAGGGAGCAACGUUGGGUUGAGUUUAGCAAUAAUGGAGAAAAUGAAAUGGUUGCAAGAAGAAGGAGGGUGGUAUAACGGAGAUGAGAGUGAAGUGAGGGUUGAAAGAGAAGAAGAAAUAAGGAGUGAAGAUGGUGAGUGGAGGAGAUUUGGUUGUUAUAUGCUGGUGGAGAGCUUUUAUUUGAGAAGGAUGGAUGGUACUUUGGUGCUAAGGUGUGAUUUUAGGCACACUCAUAAGAUUCGAUCAAAAUGGGAAUGAAUGAAUGAAUGUAUCAUGCACUAAAACUUUAGGCAUACUCGUGAGAUUCGAUCAAAA